AUGGACUCUGGCUUCACCUCCAAGGACACGUACCUGAGCCACUUUAACCCCCGGGAUUACCUAGAAAAAUAUUACAAUUUUGGGUCCAAACAAUCAUCAGAAAAUAAGAUUCUUAGGCAUCUUCUGAAAAGUCUUUUCAAGAUAUUCUGUGUAGAUGGCGUGAAGGGAGACCUCCUGAUUGACAUCGGCUCUGGCCCCACCAUCUAUCAGCUCCUCUCUGCUUGUGAGUCCUUCAAGGAGAUCAUCGCCUCUGACUACACUGACCAGAACCUGAAAGAGCUGGAGAAAUGGCUGAAGAAGGAGCCAGGGGCCUUUGACUGGACCCCAGUAGUGAACUAUGUGUGUGAACUUGAAGGGGGCAGAGUGAAGGGGCCGGAGAAGGAGGAGAAACUGAGGCAGGUGGUCAAGCAGGUGCUCAAGUGUGAUGUGACCCAAAGCCAGCCCCUGGCUGAGGCCCGCCUGCCGCUGGCUGACUGUGUGCUCAGCACGUUGUGCCUGGACGCUGCCUGCCCGGACCUCCCCACCUACCAUGCCGCCCUCAGGAAUCUGAGCAGCCUGCUGAAACCGGGGGGCUUCCUGGUGCUCGUGGAUGCCCUCAAGAGCAGCUACUACAUGAUUGGCGAGCAGAGGUUCUCCAGCCUCUCUCUGGGCCAGCAGGCCAUCGAGGCUGCCGCCAGGGAGGCUGGCUUCACCAUUGAACAGUUUGAGGUCAUCUCUCAAAGUUACUCUUCCACCAUGGCGAACAAUGAGGGACUUUUCUGCCUGGUGGGGCGGAAGCUGAGCUGA